UAUAUGUCACCGAAGGCAUUGAGUGCUUCUGUCAGGGACAUUGGCUCUGUUGUCAGCAUGGUUGAUAGGUUUGCAGGAUCAGCUCCCGGUAAUGGAUCUAGAGCUGCAGUUGGUGAGGAUUUAGUUGCUAUGACAAACUAUCGUUUACAGGUAAGAAAUUUCAUGAGCCACGACAGAACUAACGGGACAAGGAAAAUUAAGCGCUACACUAGUGCCAUGCCCUUAAAUGUCAUAUCAUCAACCAGUAGUAUUAAUGAUUCAGAAAUAUCAGAACUAGAGUCAACUGCAACAUCUGGUAUCAAGAGGUGUAAGUUAGAGGCAAUUCAUGCUCUUAAAGACGAAAUUAGGGAAAUAAAUCAGCGUCUUAUUGACACUGUUAUUGAUAUUAGUGAGGAAUCAAGUGUUGUAGCAGCUGCUGCUGAAGGAGAUGAAGGGACCAUUGUCAAGUGCUCUUUCAGUGCCAUGGCACUCAGUCCAAACAUGAAAUUGCAAUAUGCUUUAGCAUAGAUGGUGGGUUCUCAAGAAUGAUGAAGGGAUUUUAUCACCCAUAUGUAGUAUUUUAUGUGUUGACUGUUCUUUUAAUGUUUUGCAGUCUCCAAUACAGCCAAUAAGGUUG